GGCUCUUCAGCUGCAUAUUCCACUCUGACUCAUACAUGUACAUCUCCCUGUUUCUUCCUGAGCCUGUAUUCCUGCAUGUAGUUUCGUUGUUGGACAACUUGGUUCUUCGGAGGAGUCCGCGAUCAACAUGGCUUCGCUAGCCGCCUCUCGCAGAGACGCUACCGAUGAUGAGAUUGCCAUGGAGAAGAAUGCUGGUUUGAUCAUGGGUACAAACAACAGCAGUAUAGUGUCUAAGAGAAGUGUGGAAAGACUAUAUCUGCCUCAACCACAUUUCUAUCGCUACUUUGUCAAGAAGCCUCUGCGAAGAGCACCACUGAUCAACCGUGGAUAUUGGCUCCGUAUGAGGGCGAUCGACUGGGUCGUCAGACAAUUCCUAGAAAGACCUUCCGAUCAGAAGAAAGUCAUCAUCAACCUGGGUUGCGGAUAUGACCCAAUUCCCUUUCAGUGGUUGGCACAAGAUAAAAAUCUGUGCAGUGGUACUAAAUUUGUCGAUGUCGACUUCGGAGAACUGAUGAUCAGCAAGCGAGAGAUCAUUCGCAACACUCCUAGAAUGAGAGAUUUGCUUUCAAUUAAUGCCGAUAUGUCGCAAGAAACGGGAAUAGUGCUGGACAGCGAAGAGUAUGUCGCCAUUGGCUGCGACUUACGGAAUCUACGAAGGCUAGAGCGACUGCUCAGGUCAGUUGUGGACCUUGACGACUGUCUCGUCCUCUGCGUGGCAGAAGUCAGCAUCACUUAUAUGGCUGCCGAAGACUCGGAUGCACUUAUUGCCUGGACAAGCACACUUUCUCCUGACGUCACCUUCUGCUUGUUAGAGCAGCAAUCACCAGAUCGGCCUGACAAUCCCUUCACGGCUACAAUGAUGAAGCACUUCGCCAAGUUAGGCACCCCGCUUCGGUCUGUUUUCAAAUAUCCCGGAUGUCAUACUCAGACCUUACGCUUUCAGAGCGCUGGUUUCCACAUGGUCGAGACCCAGAAUCUAUGGGAGCUAUGGGCUGAUCCGAGAUUUCUAUCCCCCUCACAAAGAAUGUCCUUGGACGAAGUUGAACCUUUCGAUGAAUGGGAAGAGUUCGCACUGUUCGCGUCACAUUACGGUCUCAUUAUCGCCCAGACAGGUGAUGAGCCACUUAUCUCAGAGCAGCCGAGAUCAAGACGGGCGUCCAUCGACAGUAUAGCGUCCGAUCUGUCCACGAGGACGGUCUCACCAUACAGCGGCUUGACUCAAUUCUUCGCAUACAAAUAUACGCAAAAUCCGGAACGAGAAGGGCGUACCCAUCAUGCUUCAGCAUACCGCAUCCCUGGCGAAGACGCGAUUGGCCUGCAUGGCGGGGUCGGCCUUCAGGCUCGAUUAUCCAGUACGUCGGUAUACUGCGCUACAGACUGUAAGCUCCCACCCCCUUCAUUACCACCGGAAGACAUUGGAGCAAGAUGCUGUCACACCAUGACAACCCUUGCAAACGGACAGAACAUCCUAGUUGGUGGGCGAGGGUCACCCUCGGCACCAAUGAAGGAUUGCUGGCUGCAAAUAGGAUCAAAAUGGGAGAGAAUACAAGAUCUCCCGGAGCCUCGAUUUCGACAUCGAGCUGCAGCCGUAGUAUUGCCAGACAAACAGUACGGUGUUGUUGUCUUCGGAGGCAAGACAUCAGCCACGAAAGUCGCCAUCGAUUGUCUGCUUUGGGACAAGAAGAACGGAUGGCAGAAACUGCGAUCCCUCCUGAAAGAUCCCAUGCCACGGUUCGGAGCAAGCUUUGUACGGCUCGGGUUUAAUCAUGGCUUGCUAUUCGGCGGCAUGCGCAACGACGGUGUCAUUUGCCAGGGUCUAUGGAGAUGGCGACUAACCAUCAGAGACGGUGUCGUUGCAGGUAUCACCUUCAAGCCCUCCAACGCUUUGGACACCUCAGCUGGGAUCUGGCCUUGGCUGUCUCGGCUAGGAGCCUCUUAUAGCGUGAUCAGGAACGAGCUGUUGGUUGUCGGCGGAGUGGCAAGGCACGGCUGCAUACCAAAGGACUACGAGAUACUUUCCAUCUUGGGAAGUUUCUCUGCUUUUGGUGAGUUCGAGAAAGAGAUGGAAUUGCGAGUCGCCUGCGUUAUACCAAGAAAGGACGCGAACGUUCCCAGACCAUUCUUCAUUGGGCAUUCUACCCACCGCACAGCAAGUGUCGAGGAUCGAACCACAUUGAUCGUUGGCGGAGGAGCAACAUGCUUCAGCUUCGGUGCAUACUGGAAUCCCGGAUGUUGGCUCCUCUAUUUCUUCGAAGCUGGCGACGUAACGCCCUGGGCUCUCAUCAAGCCCACACAACGAAAUGCUCUACCUGGUGGCCAACCUCUGCCAAAAGAAGGCUCGAUGCGGCCGUUGAUCUCGGUCGAUUGUGUCAGUCUCUGUUCGGAGCAAGAUUUCACAAGCAUCCUACAUGCCGGUGUGCCAAAGAUCCUCACGUGUUUCGACAUUGGCCCGUGUAUCUCCCAAUGGACAGCCUCCUAUCUUCUCUCCAAGGUGCCGUCUUCCAGAUCCGUCAUCAUCCACACCGCGUCCAGCCGAACCAUGAACUUCCAACGAAAAGACUUUGCUUACACGACUGUACCCUUCCAUAAAUUUAUUCAGCAACUACAAACCGACCACAGUGCACAUAUGUAUUUACGCUCCAUAUCCAGCACGAAACCAACACAGGUUCCCGCCGUGUUCUCCACUGACUGGCCCGAGUUAGCUCCUGACUUCCAUCUGCCACAACACCUCGAGUUCAUCCACCGCAACCAGCACAGCAGCCCUCUACGCAUCAGCGCCAACGUCAACAUGUGGCUUCACUACGACGUAAUGGCAAACGUCCUCUUCCAAAUCAGAGGUACGAGGAAACUCAUCCUCUUCCCGCCGGACGAUAUCAAACACCUAUCCUUCCCGCCCGGUUCGACGACUUCAACCAUCGAUAUCUUCGAGCCAUCGAGCAAUCCAGAAACCGAGGAAGACCGGCUACGACCCAUUCCCAACACGCAACCCCACGUUGCCAUUCUUCGACCCGGUGAAGCCCUCUUUAUUCCUCCACUGUGGGCUCAUUCAGGCACGCCAUUACCCUCACCUGCUCCCGCACAAGCGUCAGAACCUACACCAACUUCGGAAGACCAGUCCGCUACCGCUACCGCUAUCACUGCCACUACUACUGCCACUACUGCCACUCUGUCAAAUUCAAAUGCAAAACCCCACUCGUCCGACCCAGCAACAUCCCGCAUCAACAUCUCCUUGAACAUCUUCUUCCGCUCACUCUCCGCCUCUGCCUACCCCGCCGGCCGCGAUGUCUACGGCAACCGCGAUCUGGCCGCGUACGAGGACGGCCGCCGCGAUCUGGACAAGAUCCUUCGUCGCUUUAUCAUCCACCACACGAACGCCAACGCGACUAACGGCGCCGCCGCAUCGAAGACGACUACUGCUUCUACCGACGGCGACCACCAGAACAUCGUGGCUGGGCCUGGAUCUGGCGUGGCUAAUGGACAACAGCCCACCAACAACGACGCCCUCCUCGAACCAGCCACGAAACUGUUGGAAGCUAUUCCCAAGCCCAUCGCAAAAGCCUAUCUCGAACGCCUCGCCGAUGAGCUGAGAGAGCGCGCUGAGAGAUUAUAAGUGGCCUCGGAAACUGGUGUGUAGUGACAACCCAAAUGGUGGACGGCCGACUGCUUACGGGCCUGUCCCGCUUCUUAUGUGAGCGAAGUGGGAGCUCAUUAUCGGUGAUCACUUGUCGUGAUACGCUCUACAAGAUUCUGGAUAGACCCUUUACGAAUAAUGUUAGACACGGUGAGACUGCCGCGCUUGGUCCAGAAAUAGAUUUAAUACUGCAUCGCCCAUACAGACACACUGGCCGAAAUGAC